UAUUUAGAUGUCUUUGGUGUCCACAAUGAAGUUAAAAUGUCAUGAAAUUUUUAUUUCAUGAAACAUUUGUUUCGUGGUGUGUUUUCACAUGGAGGUAAAAAUUUCAUCACUCGCGAUUGUUUGAAAUUUUUGGUUCAUGAGACACGACGUAAAGUGAAACUGCUAUUUCCACAGUGAUUUAGUUUUUGUGCAUGAUACAGUUUAUAAUAAUAGAAGUGAUGGCCACAAGUUGGAGAAGACGAAAAUUUAUGUUGUGAGGUGUUUUUAUUUCAACAAUGCCAACAAAAAAAGAUAGAAGAAAGGCAGCAGCUUGUUAUUAUUACCUUGCUGUUAAGUCUCGUUGUACAGAAAAGAAAAGGUCUCAUAGAUAUUGGGUGAGAGAUUGGAUUAAAAGAAGAGAGAACAUGAAUAUAAUGGAAAUAUUAUUAAAAGAACUAGAACAGGAAGAUGAGGUAUGUUACAAGAACUUUCUUCGAAUGUCUGCCGCUGAUUUUCGUUAUUUGCUGGACAAAAUAAAAUUUGUAAUAGAGAAACAAAACACACAUAUGCGAAAUUCAAUUCCAGCAGCUGAGCGGCUAGCCAUUACUCUUCGAUUUUUGGCUACCGGAGACAGCUACCAUUCCUUAAUGUAUUUGUUUCGCAUACCUGUAUGUACUAUUUCGCGAAUUAUACCAGAAGUGUGUUCUGCUAUUUACAAUGUUUUAAAAGAAGAAUAUCUACAAGUUCCAAGCUCUGAGCAAGAGUGGCUACAAAUUGCACGACAGUUUGAAGAAAAAUGGAAUUUCCCACAGUGCAUAGGUGCACUGGACGGCAAACACGUCGCCAUUAAAGCACCUAAACACAGUGGAAGUCUCUUUUAUAAUUACAAAGGCACGCAUAGCAUUGUUCUGAUGGCACUGGCUGACGCAAAUUACAAAUUUUUAUACAUAAACGUAGGAAGUAUGGGCCGAAUUUCCGAUGGAGGAGUUUUUAACACGUGCUCUUUGGCAACAAAACUUGAAAAUAAUAGUUUAAAUAUUCCAAAACCUAGACCACUCCCAGGACGGAAUAAGGCCAUUCCCUUUGUUAUUGUAGCAGAUGAUGCUUUUGCCAUGAAACCAUAUAUUAUGAAACCUUACGCGUUUAGAAACUUGCAUGGUGGACAAAGAGUGUUUAAUUACAGACUGUCUCGUGCUAGACGAAUAAUUGAAAAUUGUUUUGGAAUUGCUUCAGCUAGGUUUCGUGUUUUACGAAAGCCAAUUGAAUUAGAACCAGAAAAAGUCUCCAUUAUAGUGUCGGCAAUAUGCGUUUUACAUAAUUUUUUAAUGACCCGUUCUCAGAACCUUUACGCCCCUAAUGGCACAUUUGAUAUUGAAAAUCACGAAAAUGGGACUAUACAACCAGGUGAAUGGCGACAAGAAACUAAAGCCUUACUGCCACUGCAACUGAAUCGAAAUCUUCGAGGAAAUCUUUAUACCAAGGAAGUACAAAAAGAAUUAACGAAAUAUUUUCAAGAGGAAGGUGAAGUUCCGUGGCAAUAUGAAUAUAUAUAGACUUCAAUGUUUUUUAUUGACAGAAAAUAAUAUAAAAGAUCACCCGGUACAUUAGUAUGACUUUCUCUAUUAUUUGAAACACUUUAUACAUAAUAAAUAAAAACAUACUUACCAAUGAA